GGUGCUCACACGAGCUGAUCUGAUUGCUGGCGACAUCACUCGGGAGACCGAGCCGGGCGCGUGGCCCCUGCAGGCGAGGCGAGGAGGCGAGGCCAAGUUGCCCGUGCGUCCCUGCGCCCUUCCAGUUCCCCGUGCCCGCAGCGGCCACAGAGUAACCUCGGGCCGUUCGGCCGUUCGGAACGUAAGUCUGCCCCAGCGGCCCUGUCCUCAGCCCGGGCUCCUAACCUCUAUAAGCACUCUCGGUCCAUCCGUCGGUUCUGCACAGCGCAAAGAUGCCAGCGCCUCUAGAGACCUGCCUCUCCGACCUUGACUGCCCCAGCAGCAGCAGCGACCUGUCCGGCUUCCUCACCGAAGAGGAGGACUGUGCCAGGCUCCAACCUCCAGCCUCCGCCUCGGGACCACCUGCACCGGCCUGCAGGGGCGCGCCCGGGAUCUCCGGGGAGUCCGAUGUUCCAGGGGCGCAGGACGACGAGCAGGAGCGGCGGCGGCGCCGGGGCCGGGCGCGGGUGCGCUCCGAGGCGCUGCUGCACUCCCUGCGCAGGAGCCGGCGCGUCAAGGCCAACGAUCGCGAGCGCAACCGCAUGCACAACUUGAACGCGGCGCUGGAUGCACUGCGCAGCGUACUGCCCUCCUUCCCCGACGACACCAAGCUCACCAAGAUCGAGACGCUGCGCUUCGCCUACAACUACAUCUGGGCUCUGGCCGAGACACUGCGCUUGGCCGAUCAAGGGCUGCCCGGGGGCGGUGCCCGGGAGCGCCUCCUGCCACCGCAGUGCGCCCCGUGCUUACCCGGGCCCCCGAGCCCCACCAGUGACGCCGAGUCCUGGGGCUCCGGUGCUGCCGCCUCCCCCUGCGCCGCCGCUCCCUCGCCACUCUCUGACCCCAGUAGUCCCGCCGCCUCCGAAGACUACGCCUAUGGCCCAAGCGAUCCCCUUUUCUCUUUCCCAGGCCUGCCCAAAGACUUGCUGCACACGACGCCCUGUUUCAUCCCUUACCACUAG